AACCAGCCUCUGAGGAAGACUUGAAGACUCUGAAAGAGUACGGCCUAGAAAGAGUCGGUAAAUGUAGUUCAAGAAAUCCGGAACGGGUAAUGUUUCUGCGCUUCUUUAUUAAUUCCCAGUCUAUUCAUAUUAUCUGUUAAUAUUCUUGAUUUUCUGCUUAUAGCUGUCGGCUAUAAGUAGAAUUAUGUCCCGAGAAUUUAUCUGUGUUAUGAAUGAAAUAGGCACUCUUUUCUCUUGAUUUUCGUCUGCAUUACAAGGCAGUCAUGCAUGUUAGUGAUCAAUACAAUACAAUGGUUUUUGCUUGAUCAAUCACGAGAACAGAAAUUUCUAGGGCAUUGUAUCACUGCCAAAAUUUGACUACUUCUUCUAAAAAUCCAUUUUAACAUUAGUCAGUUAAUGGGGUUUCCAUCAUAUGUCAAUUGAACAUGUAAUCAAACUUCAAAUGUAAAUAAUUAUCACAAUGUGAAACAAUAAUGAAAAACAAUUAGUAGAUACAUCCAUGAGUUGUUUAUGCAGCUAGAAAUUACGGUUCGUUAGCAUACACGGAUGCCUUAAAUAAUUGGCAUCUUUCCCUGUGGAUGAGGUAAUGCUUCCACUUUUCCUUUUUUCCUUUUUGACAUUAUUCUUCCCAAUCUAGGUUGAAAACCAAAUGAAAAUUGGGCCCAACAAAAAUAGUCAUCCAAUAACUGUCGAUAAUGUGAUGCUUCUGUUAUACAUGUACAUGAGGCCUCUUAGGAGAGGAGGGGGUGUGUGUUUGUCCCUGGUCUGAAAUUCAAAUGGGGUUGUUUCGUGUUUUGAGGAGAAGGCCAUGUCCUUGUUGUUACACCCUUCUAGCAUUUUUAACAUUCACCAGUGAGCACAAUUUUGUCAGCAUAUAUUAGAAGCAACACAUUGAUGGUGGCUGUGGUAAAUGAGGGGGAGGGGAAAGGGGAGUGAAAGUGUUGGUUGUGGAGGAGGAGUGGGGAUUUGUUGGGCAUGGGAGAGGGGAGGGUUAGUGGAAGCAAGGGAAAGACAGGGUGCAGGGGAAGUGGGGGAAAUUGAGACUUCAGAGCAUGUAAAUCAACUUAACAUUUUACCCAGUUUUCUGUUUAUGGUAUCAUAAUUUUCAUUUUUUUGGUGUGGUAAGUGAAACGUUUUUGUUCUUUUUAUCAUAUUAGUUUUCUUUUUGUAAGCAUUAAUGAAAUAGAGGUUCUACAACUUGCAAUAAGUCAUACUACAGCCUGUGAGUAAACUUGUCUCGUGACAUUUUGUCAUUAGAGUUAGAUGUAAAUUUUUGUAGCAACGUUUGAUUUGAAACUUGAGCUUCUUGUUCCUUGAUCGCACAUAGGGAAAUUCCUAGGGCAUUAGAUUGCCUCCAAAAUUUGACUUGUCCUUCUUAAAUUUUAUUAAACAUUUGGCAUUUUUGGUCAUUGUGUAUGAUUGGUACUUGUAGAACCGUCCUCCAAGUUUUAAACUAGGGACAGAAACUUCUUGUCAGGUAUCCUCUGUUAUGCUGUCAAUGACCCCUUUACACUUGAGUUUUAACUUAGAAGUGUAUUUUUAGUGCGAUAUUUUUUUUUCUCACCAAUCGUAAAGGAGUGUGCUUCAAUAAUUAAUAACUUGUGUGCAACACGGAGUUUCGCGAGGGGUUGCGAGAGACGUAUUUGUAGUUUAUUUAUAAUUUUCCACACAGAUUUAACAGGUAGCGGAUUUUUCUUUCUCAGGCUUCAAUGGCGACCGCAGCACCUUCACCUCUGGCCAGCUCCGUAGAAAAGACGAAUGGAAACAAGCUGAGCAGACUUCUCAUAGAUGGUGGAACAACAGUACUGAGGAAUAUUUUUGACACUUAUCAUCCUCCUUCCAACUUGGCUAGUAACCUUCAUGCAAACUAUUCCAUUCUUGUUAAACUUCUGCGUCGGAAAAUUCUUAACGGGAGUCAAUGGGAAAACCUGUUUCCACCAGCUGGAGGGCAUCCAAACUCUAAGAACUUUGAUAUCACUCUUCUGUUUCUCUUACUGACGAACAUUUGUGGCCUAUCACCUCCCCUCUCAGGUCCUGGGCACAAAAUGCCUCCCGCGAGUGACACCUCAACAGAGGCUAAUCUUGCUCGCGUCAAAUUCUAUCGAAACGAGCUCUAUGGUCAUGUGGUAACAACUGGCAUUCCAACACCAGUGUUCGAUGUGAAAUGGCGGGAAGUUAGUUCCGUUCUUGUUUCGCUUGGAUUGAAUCCGUCUGAAGUGGACAAAUUAAAGCGAGAGCCUUGUGGGGAGGACUAUGUCAGCGCUGUUACUGAAUGGAUGAAAAAUGACGAUGAGAUCAAAUUCCAAUUAAAAGACGUAAUUCGCAAACAACAACAAGUGCUCCAAACCCAACAGGAAGAUCAGAGAACUCUUAACGACACACAUCAAACUGUUGAAAAAGUGCAACAGACACAAGUGGAAGCCAGCAAAUUGCAACAAGAGGACCACAAAACUCUUCAUGAUACACACCAAACAGUUAGUAAAGUAGAAAAGACACAAUUGGAGGCUAUUAUAUUGCAGCAAGAAGACCAUAGAACUCUUCAAGAUACACAUCAGGCAGUUGGUAGUUUACAAGAGAUGCAAAAAGAGGCAGUGAAAUUGCAGCAGGAGGACCACAGAACUCUUCAAGACACACACCAAGUCAUUCAAGGUGUUCAGCAGUCUGUACAGGAUGCAAAAGAGAUGCUAGAGGAUUUUCGGAGAACCCAACAAGAAUCGCGGCAACAGGUCACGUAUGACGUUGUAAAUGCUGAAGACAGAAGAGAUAAAGUUGAAGAACAUGAAACUCUGCAAAAAUUGGCGAAAGUUAACACCGAAAAAAUCAUCCAAUAUCACUCUGGGAAAUACCAGGAGGGAACGCGCUUGCACAUCUUUGAGAAGAUCAAGUUGUGGCUAGACGACCGUACUUCUGAAAAUCGUGUGAUGGUAAUCAGUGGAGAUGCGGGAAUGGGCAAAUCAGUGAUCGCCGCUGUCGUUUGUCAGAGAAUGAAACACGCUGGUCGGCUCUCAGGAAGUCACUUUUGUCAGCACAACAAGGAACGUUACAGAAACCCGAAGGUGAUGCUUCAAUCGUUAGCUUGUCAGCUGUGUGAUGUUUUACCAGAAUACAAACGUGAACUUGUGAAGAGACUUUCCAGAAACUUGGGUGUGGACAUGAACAGUCUAGAAGUCCAGGAAUUGUUCGAAUUUCUUUUCGAAGAGCCUUUAUGCAGCGUAGGAGACCCUGGUAGACAUUUGCUGUUAGUUAUUGAUGGCUUGGAUGAAAGUGAAUACAAAGGCCGCAAUGAGCUGCUUGAUGUCAUUGCUAAUCACUUUUACACACUUCCUGCUUGGGUUCGGUUUUGUGUUACCGCUCGACCGGAAGUAAACAUCGCAGGCCGUCUUAAAAAGUUUAAUCCUGUUCAGCUCAAGCAAGAUGACGAGGAAAACGUUAAAGACAUCAGACUCUUUCUUGAGAGACAGCUAAGCAACGUUAUUCAAUCGGGCUUUGAAGAAGUCGUUAUCAGUGAACUGGCCCGAAAAGCUGCUGGACAUAUUUUAUACGCCUAUUUGAUGGUCGAUUUUAUCAACAAAAACUUUUCAAGUUUCACCCCUGAGGAUUCGGGAAGAACGUUACCUUCAGGUGUAUCAUCUGUUUAUCAGAAUUAUUUUGAACGUUUGGAGAAAGAAUUGAAAAGUAUUGAGGAACUGACGAUAAGUGCUGAUCAGUUUUUGACUUUUCUUAGUGCUUUUGCAGCUGCAAAAGAACCUCUUCCACUAGACUUUGUUUCUAAGAUGUUGCGUUCGGACGCAAAGUCUCCAGCUUGUCACCGGAAAGUAAGAAAGGCUAUCGAAUGUAUCUCAACCCUUUUACCUGUUCAAGAUGGCUGCAUUCACUUCUUUCACAAAUCAGUUAAGGACUGGUUGACUGACAGAACUGCUUACGGGCAACACAGCCUGUCUGUGGAUGAAAAACAAGGUCACCUUGCCCUUUCUGAGCUUUGUACUGGUGAAUUAAAUGAUGUUAAAAGGAAAGGUGUUCUCGGAGCAGAGUUCAGUGACCCUGCGAGGUACGCCCUACAGCAUGGUGUUGAUCAUUUGCUCGAGUUGGAAGAGAGUACGAGAGCAUCCAGCUUUAAAGAAAUCGUCAAGAACUACGUAAUCGACUUAGAGAUUGUAUUUGCAAAGUUGUGUGUAAACAACGCGACUAGCUCUGAAGACAUUAUUCGUGUUCAGAGGCAUGAACUUUUUAGAGCAUUGAGUCGUAGGAGUAAAAGAACCCUUAGCACGAUGUUGUUCCUCUUGAGAAAGUACCACGAAAGGCUGAUGGCGAUUCCUAGUACAUUCUUUCAAGUGAUGAUGAAGGAGGGAGGAAAAGAUUGUGCUAAGAAAGCAAAAGAGCUUUUACAUAUCCAAUAUCAUGAAAUACCGUUCAUGAAGUUUGUUAAUAAGCGAGCUGCGAAGGAGCAAAUAAGUGGAAUCCAGGCUGUGUUUCGCUGCACCUCUCAAGUGGCUUGCUUUGACAUUUCACCUCAGCAGGAGUUCAUGGUGUGUGAAUGUAGAAAUGGUACGAUUCAGCUGUGGUCACUACAAACGGGGAAGCUAAUGUGGAAACGUCCUGUCACGUUCGAGAAACGUUACGUUGAAGACCAUGGCGCGUUUAGAAUGGUGCCGAACACAUCUAUAUUAUCAUGUUAUCGCUCUGUUGUUUUUCACCCUUCUGAGCCCAUUGUUCUCCCUGGAAUCCUUAGCCAUGCUUACUCAAGUGACGGAGACUUCCUACCCCUGUUCCCUAGGAGCAACUGCAGAUUUUCGGUUUGUUCAGUUAAUGGGGAUACUAUGAUUACUGACUCCCUUGACGAUGCUCGAUGCCUUAUCAUGUGGAAUCUAAAAAACGGUGACGAAAUAUCUCGAACUGUCAGAAAUGAGGUAGUUUUGUCUUUUGCUUGGUCUUCAGAUGGAGGACCACUAGCGAUUUCCCAUUUUUCGGGACUGGUAUGUUUGGUUGAUGCAUUAAAUUGCUUUGAGACACUUGCAGAGGUCAACACUUUUGAACCACGUGGAAUGAUAAAGUUUGCCCCUAACCUCAAAUUCCUGUUUUGUUUGCUUUACGGAGCAGGAAUUUUGAAUGGCUUCCGAGAGCUAAUUCAAUUGCAAGUCCAGGAGUGGCCUUCGGGUACCUUUUCCCUUGUUAAUGUUGACAGAAACGAAUGCUUGGAACCUUGGGAUUAUCAAUGCCCCAGCAAGGGUGCAUUCUUGAUGGGAGAUCCUAUCUCUAAUUCCCAGGACGGUUCUAUAUCCCGACCCUCUGAUACCUUUGUGUUUGUCUUAAACAAGCAAUGUUUAGUAAGGGCAUAUCCCGGCAGUAACAAUAUUAACAAUAUUGAAAUAUACAGUCACGUUGCACUCAAAGAUGUCAAACAAUAUGACAGUCUUGUCUCUAAUAUUGCCUUCGCUUUAGAUGGGAAGACCAUUUACGGUGUUCGCGGUACUGUUGAAGUGAUAGCUUUUGAUGUGUCAAGCCGAAAAAUUAUAGGAAAGAAAUUUUUUUCAGCAGAUGAUUACGAAUUAGAGCUUUCAUUCAUGGACAUAUACAUGGAAGAUGAAAAUUUUGAAGUUAGUGGAAUUUGUCUUGUACCCGUGUCAAAAGGUGUCCUUUUGAAAAGAGAUCAUCCUGACGAGGCUGUUCAGCUGUGGAAUUUUAAUUUGUCACAAGAAGUCCGAAGUUGGCCCAGUUUAAAGAAUGUUGCUUAUAUAUCCCCAGUUACAGACCAAUGUGUAGCCUGUGUGGGAGGCGGAUGUGAAGUGAGCAUCCUGGACACAUCAAGUGGAGAAAUAGUGAAGACCAUCUCACAUUGUCAUGAAGAAUCUGAAGAAAACUUCUUAAGAUAUCCAUGGUUGCAUGAAAGAUUCAUAAAAUGCAACAGUAAAUAUCAACUGUUAUGCACCGCUCGGGACUCAGUUCAGCUGUCAGACGGGAAAAGUAUACUAUGGAAGAGAUCUUGGCGAAACUCUCUUUUACGCGGCAACAUAGCUGGGAUGUUUACUCCAACGGAAGAGUUUGUCCUUGUCUCGGCUGGAACCUCUCAGAGUAGGCAAGAAGUUCACGUGCUUGACGCUUCUUCAGGAAACACUCUCCGCACAUUAUGCUCAGUCGAUGAUGUUUCCAACUGUGCGUUUAUAAGUAACGAGGAAUGUGUAAUUGACCGCCGGGAUUCUUCAAGAGGUUACCAUUUGCUGUUGUUUAAUGUUAGGACUGGGGAUUUGCUAAGCGUACUUGAUGUUUAUACUACGAACGGGCCUUAUUGUUUGGCUGCUUUUCCGCAAAAGGGUUUGAUCGCCAUGGGCCGAAGGAACUCC